CUCUGAAGGCAGGUACUGUAGCCUCCCUCUGAUUCCCUUCCUGGUGCCUGACACAGUCUUUAGGAUAGAAGCCAUAGAGCUGGUGUGAGAGCCGGGGAAAGUCCAGCCAGCAUCACUCAGGCGCUGAGAUUCACAAUGAAUGAUUAACAUCACAAAAGCCUCUCCGCACCUCAACACUGCAGAACAAAAGAGCCAGAUUCAUCUGCCGGUGUCACCGGCUCGCUCUCGUGUCUUCCAUCGGAGUCUCCAUCAAGGGCUGGGAGUGGCUGCUGUCUUUGUGAGAGCGGAGCGGGGAAGCCCUCGGGUGAGCUGCGGAGGAGAGGAGAGUGGACACCGUUAACUCCCUGAGAUGCUCUGCAGGCUGGAGGAGGAAGAGGAGAUGUCUCUACUGGAGCUACAGCAGAGGGUGGACUGUAUCACCACCCAUGUUGAUGAGAUUAUGCAGCAGGAGAUCAGGCCGUUACUGGCUGUCGACAUAAUCGAACAACUUCACAGGCAGUUUGCGCUUCUUUCAGGAGGAAGAGGAAAAGAUGGAUCUCCCAUCAUCACGUUCCCAGAGUUCUCAGGAUUUAAUGAAGUGUCUGAUGAGGAUUUUGUUAACGUUGUCACAUACCUGACCAGCAUACCAAGCAUGGAUGCUGCUAGCAUUGGCUUCAUCAUCAUCCUGGACCGCAGGAAGGACAAAUGGAACUCAGCAAUCACUUCUCUGGCACGGAUAGCGGGCUCCUUUCCAGGAAAUCUCCAGCUUGUUUUGGUUCUGAAACCCUCACGUCUCCUCCAGAGGGCCAUCGCUGAUGUCAGUAUGCGGUUACAUAGGGAUGACUUCAAAUUGAAGGUACCGAUUGUUAUGCUAAAUUCCCUGUCAGACUUGCAUGGCUACAUUGACAAAGGCCAGCUGACCUGCGAUCUCGGGGGAACACUGGACUACUGCCACAGUCAAUGGAUUCACCAUCGCACAGCCAUUGAGAACUUUGCAUUAACGGUGAAGAGCACAGCACAGAUGCUGCAGCAGUUUGGAACUGACCUAGCAGAAACCGAACUUCCCAAUGACGUGCAGUGCACCAAAGAUCUGCUCAUCACACACACCGAAAAACACGAUAAGCUCCAGGAUGAGCUGAAAUUGGCUAUAAAGCAAGGAAAUACGCUGCUGUCCUGUAUCAAAGAUCAGGCCAGCAAAACUGAGAGCCACAUUUUGAACCCAGAUGAAGUAGAGAACCAAACAACUGCUGAGAGGUUGUUAGCGCAGCUCGAUGAGACGGAGAAUGCAUUUGAACAGUUCUGGUCAAGGCAUCACCUCAAAUUAGAGCAGUGCUUACAGUUACGGCACUUUGAGCAGGACUUCAGAGAGGUGAAAGUAUCUCUGGACAGCCUGACGGAGACCUUGCUGGGCCUGUCUGACACCGGGGACUGUGUGGCUCAGGUGGAACAUCUGCUGGGGGAUCUGAAAACUUUGGAGGACAAAGCUCAGGAGUCUCUGGAGAAAGCUCAGCUUCACGCUCAGCAUGGUGACCAGCUCAUUCAAAGUAACCACUACGCCGUGGACUCCAUCCGGCCGAAGUGUGUCGAACUGCGGCGCAUCUGUGACGACUUCAGCAAUGAGGCCAAAAAGAAACAUGACAUUCUGACCAAAUCACUUGAAAUCCACAAACGAAUCGAUGAGGUGAACCAGUGGUGUGAGAGUGGAGUGUAUCUGUUGGCCUCUCAGGCUGUAGACAGAUGUCAGACCCAGGAAGGUGCAGAAGCAGCGCUGCAGGACAUCGAGCGGUACAUGAAUUCAGCCAAAGAGCAGCAGCUCAGUCACCUCAAAGACCUCAGUAACCAGUAUGAGAUCGUCCUCUCAGAGUGGAUCAAGGGCAAAGCUCAAACCGCUCUGAAAAGGCUGGAUGACGUUCAAGAGAUGUUUGAGAAGAGACACGCGAGUCUGAAAAAGCUUUCUGCAAAGCAAACAAGGCCAGUGCAACCAGUUGCACCUCGACCAGAAUCUUCACCAAAACGCACUUUACCUAAAACCCCACAUCACACUGCACCUACAUCAAAUCGCAAAGCUGCCGAAAACUCCUGCCCCAGUAAGCAGCCCAGUGACGCAGAGCUGGCAAAAAGGAAGAAUAUUCGCAAAGCCAAAGGUGGCAUCAAGAUUGAGGUCAUGCAUGAAGGAGGACAAGGGGGAUCGAGUCUUGUCCUCAUGAGCAAUGAAACAGAAGAGUCGCUUUCAAACAGACGCAGCCACAUAAUGAAUGAACUGAUUGAGACAGAGAGGCUGUACGUGGAAGAGCUGCAGAGCAUCAUAGAGGGAUAUGCCGCUGCACUGGAUGACCCCGAGCUGAUCUAUUUGAUCCCACCAUCUUUGGAAAACAAGAAGGAAGUACUCUUUGGCAAUCUGCCUGAAAUCUAUGAGUUUCACCAGAAGACUUUUCUCAAAGAGCUAGAAAAUUCUGCAGAAAAGCCGGAGUUAGUAGGAACAUGUUUUUUGAAGCGGAAGGAAGAGUUACAAAUUUAUGAGAAAUAUUGUCAGAAUAAGCCGCGAUCGGAAGCUUUGUGGCGGCAGUGUGGGGACAGUAUGUUCUUUCAGGAGUGUCAAAAAAGGUUGGACCACAAGCUUUCAUUAGAUGCGUAUCUGCUAAAGCCUGUGCAGAGAAUCACUAAGUACCAGCUGAUGUUAAAGGAGAUGCUGAAGUGCAGUAAGAACUCAGAGGGCACCGCAGAGCUGGAGGAAGCUCUGGCCACAGUGCUAGAUAUCAUCAAAUCAGUCAAUGACUCCAUGCAUCAGAUCGCCAUCACUGGUUUUGAGGGCGAUCUGAAUGAUUUGGGAAAACUGCUCAUGCAGGGGUCGUUUAAUGUUUGGACAGACCAUAAGAAAGGUCACAGUAAAGUGAAGGACUUGGCACGCUUCAAACCCAUGCAGAGACAUCUCUUCCUUUACCACAAAAUGCUUUUGUUCUGCAAGAAACGUGAGGAAACAUCUGAUGGCCAUGAGAAAUCCCCCUCCUACAGUUUCAAACACUCGUUAAAGAUGAGCUCGGUGGGAAUCACAGAAAAUGUAAAGGGAGACAUCAAGAAGUUUGAAAUCUGGUACAACGGCAGGGAGGAAGUUUACAUUGUUCAGGCCCCUUCAAUGGAAGUGAAGCACACGUGGGUGUCAGAGAUCCGCAAAGUCUUAACAAGCCAGCUGGAAGCCUGCCGAGAAGCCAGUCAACUCCAUCAGAAGAUUACAGAGAACAUCUACCAUGCUCCUCUGAGAAAUAUGCGCAAAACAGCUCUCCGGCAGUCUGACUCUUCCAGUCCCGAAACAGGCUACAGGCGUGGUGAUACAGGCCCAAAUAUGCGUCAAAAACGAGCUAACGCUUCUGCCAGCCUCGGCUCGGAGCGAUCUGCUCUCGCUAGAAAGCGCUUCACCUUACAGGGCCUGUCAAACCGCAGGUCUCUCCCCGCAGAACCCACACCUAAGGAGACAGAGGUCACACGCCGCUUUUCUUUAGCCUCGACUGUCAGCUCCUCCUCUGCACCGCGCAAUAAAGUUCCUCUCUCCUCUAGCCUUAAGAGCAAGAGGCAUCAGAUCAAGAGCGACCCUACACCGUUCGGCUAUGAAGACACCAUGCGAGGUGCACUUCCCACUGAGAGCAAAAGUAAAGGUACCGCCGGUACAAAGCCCGCUGUGCCGAGGUCUGCAUCUCAACCAGGAUGGAAUCAACGGCGUCUGCCAUCAAUGGACGCUGAGGAUUUUGAGACCAUUCCAUCAAGUGCUGAAGAACUCUCCAUUUCCUCAGAUGGAGAGGAUGAAGGACAUAACAAAAACGGGGAUAACGAUCGCUAUCAGGUGCAGCUGACGUACGAGUCAGGUACUGCUCAGGAGCUUUCCGUCGAGGCAGGAGAUUUAGUACAGUUCCUAGAAGAGUCGGAGAACGGCCACUGGCUAGUCAAGAACCUUAGAACUCAGAAGACAGGACUGGUGCCGCCCACUGUCCUGCAGUCCACAGCAGAGGGAGUAGACCUUUACAGUAACUCUGAUAUUUUCAGUGACCUCUGCACCGCUGCCCUCACCGAUACAGAGGAGGCAGAUGACAGCACCUGGCCGCGUCCCGCUCAGGACGGCAGAUUUGCAUGCUGAACGCACCGUGAUGUGUCCUCGCUUUCAGUAGCGCCAUGCUUAUACACCAUACUCAACAACAGCUCGAUAUCUUUUAUAAUACUACACAGACAUCUGCUCCGCUGAAGGAAUAGGUGAACUGACCGAUCAGAACUGAUUCCACAUAACAUUGACAACAUUCUGUAGUCGUGAGUCAGAAAUUCAGCAUGCAGCCUUCGCCCUUUCCCUCUGCUGUGCCUUAGCUGCAAACGCAGGGGCAUCUGAAAAGAAAUAUCCGGAUCUCUGUGAACUCCGGACGCUGAUAUCUGAACCGAGGCUGCCAUUUGAAAACACUGAGAAGAAGAGACUCUAGACCUUUCUGUCCUGCUGAAACUUUCACUGAAAUGCUUUUAAAGGGAUAGUUCACUCAAAAAUGAUCAUUUACUCACUAUCAUGUUACUCCAAACCUCUAUGAAUUUCUUUCUUCUGCUAAAGAAGAUAUUUUGAAGAAACAGCCACUGACUUGCAUAGUAUUUUUCAAUGGCUACCAGCAAUUGUUUUCAUUUUUGAGUGAACAGUUCCUUCAAAUAUACUUGAUUGUUUUGUUGUUUAUUGCUUGUUUGCUUAUGAGACUGUUGGUCAGAAUCACAGCACUUUUGAUGAAUUAAUAUUCUCUAAUGUAAUGUACAAUAUUUAUACUCUCUUUUAUAUUCUGACAUGAAAGUUGUAUGAGCCAUCUGUAAAGCUUUGUUCCUCUGCUGUUUGUAAAGCUGAAUAUCUUUAAUCCUCUUCAAAUAUUUGCCUCUAUUCAUUUCUAUCAUGGUCUGGUUGUACAUAAAUAAUCUCGAAACGUAGUAAAAAUGUGGGAUAUUUACUCUGGAGAUGUUUUUAUAUGUAUUUCAGAAAAUAUGAAUGUUGUAGCAUAAAUAUUCCAGCUGUACUGUAAAGCAUCUGAUACUGUUAUUUGAAUUAAUGUUUGUGCUAAACGAAUAUACAGAAAUCAGAUGUACUGUAUCCUUCCUGCUUUGACAUGAAGAACUGGAUGACAGUGAAUGUCGUAAUGAUGCCAAAAGUUUUGUCUCAUAACCGCAGAUAUCCACAUAUGAUUGCGAUUUAACGAUGGUAUAGUUUAAUUACUUUCUGAUAGUUUCUUAAAUGAAAAUAUCUAAGCACAAAGAUUUGAUAUUGAAUGCUGUUGUGAUUCUUGGUAGUAUCAUCAUUCUGUUCAUUUUUAUGUGAAUAUUUCGAUUUUCACAGCUUCCUUACAGACGAUAUGUAUUAGAUAACUGUACAUUUCCAAAUGCAUAAUCAAAUACAUUCAUUAUAAAA